AUGUCAGGAGAAAAGAGCGAGCAAAGUCAGCUCAAGCUUGAGUCCGGCGAUGGCGAGCAAAUUACAGUAGACAAGGAUGUCGCCGAGCGCUCAGUCCUGAUCAAGAAUAUGGUCGGCGAUCUUGGUGAGGAGGCUAUGACAGAAGCUAUCCCCAUCCCCAACGUCAAUGCCGCAGUCCUCAAGAAAGUCAUCGAAUGGUGCACCCACCACCGGGCUGAUCCUGCUCCAACGACUGACGACGACUCGGACUCACGAAAGAAGUCUACAGACAUCGACGAGUGGGAUCAGAAGUUUAUGCAGGUUGACCAAGAGAUGUUAUUUGAGAUCAUUCUAGCUGCGAACUAUCUCGAUAUCAAGCAAUUGCUAGAUGUAGGCUGCAAAACAGUCGCCAACAUGAUCAAAGGCAAAUCACCCGAGGAGAUCCGAAAGACGUUCAACAUCCAGAACGACUUUACUCCAGAAGAGGAGGAUCAGAUCCGAAGGGAGAACGAAUGGGCGGAGGAAUGUCCCAAUUAUCUAGGUUCUCCGGAUGGUCGACGCAUGACGAAGGUGUUAAAAUGA